AUGAUUACUGGAUUGGCUAUGGAAGUGGGUGAUGGAAGACGUACUCGGUUCUGGGAGGAUGUCUGGAUUAUGGGAGGGUCUUUAAAGGAUCGAUAUCCAAGGCUUUUCUCUGUUUCAAACCAAAGAGGAUCAGUGAUUGGGGAUUGUGGGUUUUGGGAUGGGUUAACUUGGAUAUGGAACUUUCAAUGGAGGCGUGAGCUAUUCCAAUGGGAGUUGGAACUAGUGAACCAGCUUCACAACACCUUGAGAAUAGUCAAACUUGCACUUGGGAGAGAGGAUAGAGUUGUGUGGAAAUAUGAUAAGAAGGGAAUUUUUUCUACUAACUCAUUUGUGCAGAUGUUGCAGGUAGAAAUGGCUCCGGAGGAUAUCUCAAGCUACAACUUUACUAGGUCAAUUUGGAAAGGCCUUGUCCCUCCUAGGGUGGAGUUAUUUGUUUGGUUUGGCUUGAUUGGCAGGGUCAAUACAAAGGAGAGAUUGCGUCGGUUCGGGGUUUGGUGUGCUUGGAUAUCUCAUGUUGGUUUGCAAUGGAUAUACCCGGGUACAGUCAAGGAACACUUCCAGAGUUGGACCGAGGCAUCAAUUAAUAAGGAGGAGCGCAAGAGUUUGAUGGUGUGCUUCUGUGCCAUUAUGUGGAACAUUUGGUUGGAACGAAAUCGGAGAAUUUUUCAGAAUAAAGAAAAAGGUGUUGAGGAGAUUAUCAACUUGUCUGUUCAGAGUUACACUGAGUGGUUAGGUGCUGACCCCUUUAGUUGUUGA